AUGAAUUCACCAACGGACACCGGCAAUGUUGAAAUGUGGAGUGACCAAGAUGAACUGUUCGAACAGGAUGACAUUCUAACCGAAGAUCAAGAAAUUGGCACCCUUUCGUUUUCUUCUGUUGCAUCAAGCGUAAAGGCUGUUUUGUUUGAUGUCUCUUCUUACUGGGGAAAGAAAUUCUAUGACUCCGUUAUUCGUCCGCAAAAUCCUCAAGCUGAAUUUAAACGUCAACUUGCACUCGCUGAAAACUAUGAGCAAUGGGCUGCUGCUGCUACUGAGUUGGAUCGUCUACAAGGAAAGGAUGUAUGGAAACUUAACCCUGCUUCAGAUGACUACGAUUAUGACUUACUGCAAGGGCGUUUGUUACAACUCCAACGAGUACGAAAAUCUGGGGAUUUAGCAUAUAUGAUAUUUCUGUUGCGUACAUCACUGGCUAGGAAUUUGGGAGACAUGGGUCAGCCAAAGUUAUAUGCAUAUACAAAUAUCGGAACCAAAAAACUUAUAGAAAUCUACAUACAAGAAGUUGUAAAGCAUCUGAAUCUUAUUUGUGAUACACCGUCAGAAGAAAUUACUACCAAAGCAAAAUUAGAAUUUUUUACCAAUAUUAGGCAGUCGUUUGGUAGAACAGCACUUUUAUUGAGUGGAGGGGCUAUUUUUGGACUCACCCAUCUUGGUGUAAUAAAAAGUUUGUAUGAAUGCAAACUCUUGCCUCGCAUUAUUUCUGGAGCUUCUAGUGGCUCGAUUAUUGCAGCCCUCGUGUGCACGAAAACUGAUGCUGAGAUACCGCAUUUUCUUGCACAUGCCUCUUCAGUGAAUUUGGAAACAUUUGAAAAAUCCUCCGAUCCAGACACAUGGUUGAAGCGAUUGACCAGAUUGCUAAAACAGGGUGUGCUCUUUGAUGUUGAGAUUCUUCGAGAAUGCAUGCGUGAAAAUAUCGGAGAUAUGACUUUUCAUGAAGCAUACAAUCGUACAAGGAGGAUUUUGAAUAUAACUGUCAGCUCUUCUACAGUAUACGAAAUGCCACGACUACUUAAUUAUUUAACAGCUCCUAAUGUGUUGAUUUGGUCGGCAGUUUCAGCGUCGUGUUCAGUCCCUUUGGUAUAUAGUUCGGCGCCCUUAAUGGCAAAAGAUAAAACAGGAAAAAUUGUUCCGUGGAAUCCUGAAGGUCAUCGCUGGAUUGAUGGCUCAGUAGAAAACGAUUUACCAAUGAAUAAAUUAUCUGAACUAUUUAAUGUCAACCAUUUUAUUGUGUGUCAAGUAAAUCCACACGUUAUUCCUUUCUUGCAGACUAGUCUGAUUCCGUCCUUCAUAAAUCGCUUUGUUGGAUGGCUCUUAUUCUUGGCCAUUUCCGAACUGCAGCAUCGACUUAUGCAGUUAAGUGAAUUUGGAAUUAUGACGAGUCUCAUAUACCGAUUACAGGCAAUGAUGUCACAGCGUUACUAUGGCGAUAUUACAAUAGUGCCGCACAUAUCUUAUGCUGGCUUUCUGAAUCUUUUAUCUAAUCCGUCUCCACAAUUGGUGGAAGAUGCGACGUUACGAGGGGAAAGAGCCACUUGGCCUAAAAUGUCAAUAAUCCGUAAUCACUGUCACAUAGAACUCACGCUAGACGAGAUAAUUUAUCGAUUACGGUUGAUUCAAUUAAACGAUUCGCUGGCAACGCUCAAUACUGGUGGUGGUCUUGAUGAUCUUGAUCUUGAAACUCAUCCGGGAAAUUUUUCGGAUGGUAGUAGUGCCGGUGGUAAAUGUGGUCGUCGUGGUGAACAGCGUCCUAAACAAAAAAUUGUCCCGCAAUCGUUGUCAAUUUCUAAACUUGAGUGA